AACAUUGCAAUUUGCAAAAUAGUAAACAUUUUGUAUUGUUCUUGUAUUGAGGUUUGUCUAUAUUGCAAUUUUUAUUUGUGUUGCAUUCUCAGAAUGCAACAUUCAAGUGUAAAUUUUCUCUAAUGCUAAAGGUGACAUACAAAGUAUAUUUCCAUUAGAAUAAAAUAAAUGUGGUGAAUCCAAGCACAUUUUUCAUUAUUCUCAAAUUUUCAUCGUUUUUGUCACAAUGGAUUCAAGCAAUUCAGAAGCUGACAAACUCUGGAAUUACGCUCCAGAUAUCAUCUUACUGGACGUAUUUCAGUAUUUAGAUGCGACCGAACUCUUGAAAGCUGGAAAAGUUUGCCGAAGAUGGAAUAGAUUAUCGAUGGAUGAAAUGCUGUGGAAGGCUCUCUUCUACAAGGAUUUCAAGAUUGAUCGCAACAUCGGAAUUAUGCCAAAUAAAACAUCAUGGCUGGGAGAAUACAAGCGUCUGACGUAUGAAACACCAAUGGUGAAUUAUGAGACACUGAGGUCGCACAGUCAUCAAGUGUUGCAUGUCAGUUUUGCUCACAAUGGGUCCAUGUUCGCCACCACUUCCAAGGAUGGAUACAUCAUUGUUUGGGAGUCGAAAUUUCCUGUUCAAAUGAAGUUUCAUCGUGAUAUGAAGUCUUUCAGCUGGCAAUACACACAGUUCUCGCAGUUCAAUCAAUCAGAUACUCUUCUGCUGGUAUCAGGCGUUCAUUUUGGUGCAGCCAAUAGCACUUCGGGAGAAAUUGCUGUUUUCUCUCUUCAAGACGGCUUCGAACUGCAGUGCCGUGUGAAGAACAAGCCGUACGACAUCUUCGGCACUUGGUACAGCGACCGCAUGCUGCUAUCGGGCGACCUGCGCUGGCUGGCGCACCUGGUGAGCUCUAGCGGCAUCUGGCUGAACAAGGCGUCGCAGGAGACCGCCUCCGAGCACACGCCCAUCAUGACACAGCUGUGUCGCUUCUACAACACCAAUGGCAGCUCUGUGCGAGCCAUCAUGGUUGCCAACUGCCUCAUUCCCGACGACACAGCUGCUGCGGCUGCUGCCAUCUCGUGUCAGGCGGCCGAACCAACUGCUCCGUCUCCGCCCCACCACCACGAGCGAGGCAACCCGCCCUCGCACCGAGACCUCGAUCGCAGGUCAUGUAGCUCCAAGCACAGCAUGCAUGAUGAUGAUAAGCCGCCGUGUGAGUCAAGAAGCGGUGACAAGCAGCUGGUUAGUAGGCCUACUCGCGGGGCUGGAAGGGAUCAAGUUAAUAUGCCUAAGCCUAAAAUUUCCAAGCUCACGAAGCUCUUUUCAUACCUAUCUCCAAAACCUGUCGAUAGGCAUCCCGGUGAUAAUAAAAAGUUUAGGCAGAAUAAUCUCUUCUGCAAGCUAGUGAAUAGUCAUCCGGUACAACAGCAAGAUAUGAGGAGGAGGCGUCAAUUUGUUGAAGAAUACAAUAAUCUUGUUGAUGCCGCUAUAAUGAGUGGCCAAGACUACACCAGCUCCAUCUUUUAUAGUAAUAACUACCGACAAGUCGAAAAGGAAAAGGAAGCAUCACAUAGUGAUAGCGAUAGCGAAGGUACGAGUGAGGAAAUUGAAGGAGGUGACUCUGAGACGUCCGAACUGUCAGUUGACAUCGAGAUAGAAGAGGACUUGGCUCGCCAGCCUGAGAAGCUUCUCAUCUUUACCACUGGAUCAAAAACAUAUUCGCCCCAUCAGAUCGGCUUGAAAAGAAUAAAGCGAGUCACUUUCCCCCGAGUUCUGGAUCCGGGACCAAGCCUGAGUGAGCGCAUCGAAGAGAGACGGAGAAAGAAAGAGUUGCUGAGAGCGAGAAGGGAGAACUCGUCGCUGGAGCCCGAUCCUGAUUGGCUCAACUUUAAAUCCGUAUCGGACAAGUUCGAUACCGUUGAUCACAUCGUCGACCUUCAUGGACAUAUCAUUGGAAUGGGACUCUCUCCGGAUCACAGGUAUUUGUACGUGAAUAGCAGGCCAUGGCCAAGAGGCUACGAAAUAAAAAACCCUCUGGAUCCUCCUCCAAUCGCACAAGAAAUCGACCUGCAUGUGAUAGACCUGGUCACCCUGCAAGAGGUCGGCACAAUGCUGCGCUCGCACAAAGCCUACACGCCCAACAACGAAUGCUUCUUCAUUUUCCUAGACGUUUGCGACGAGUAUGUUGCUAGCGGCGCCGAAGACAAGAACGGCUACCUGUGGGACAGGCAUUACGGCAUGUGCCUGGCCAAGUACCCCCACCAGGAUGUGGUCAACUCGGUGGCGUUCAAUCCACGUGACUCGGGCAUGCUGGUGACCACCUCGGAUGACUCCACCAUCAAGGUGUGGCGGUCACACGCCAGUCUGCGCCGUCUGCUGCCUGCUCCCAUUGCCGACUGCCAACAUAUGCCCAAGGCGGUGCGUGUCGCGCAGAACAAAGCCAACCGGAGCGCAAGGCCCAAUAGCUAGAACGGUCCAGUCUUACCACCAUCGAAUUUGUUUUUAAAGAACUUGUUACACAGCCAUAUGAUCAAAUUUUUGGCCCAACUUGUAACAUUCGUGUGUGCAGUGGCGCUCCAACUUUGUCAAUCUUACCAGCAUGGAUUUUGUUUUUACGCUCUGUUACACAGCCCUAUAUUAUAUAUUAUUGAUUUGAUUUAUUUAGUAUGUGAUUAAUAUGUUGUGAUGGUUUUAUAUAGUUUCCUAUUAGACCCAUGAGGAGAGACUAUCAAAUAUUUUAAGAAAGAUUACCAUUAAAGAUCGUUAAUCAAUUUAAUCAUUUAUAUGACUGUGUUAUAAGGUUUCAUGGAACUGUGUUACGUCUGUAUUUGUGGAAGUUGCUUAGUUGAAAGUAGGACUUAGUUACUUAUAGAUGGUUUAGUCACGAGAGAAAUGUAGGCUAGAGAAGAGGACGUCAGGCUGCAUGCCCUGUCGGCUAGUGCAAAACAGGUUGCGAGAAAAACAGGGCGAAUGUGAAGUAUUAUAUUAUUCCCCUGACUGCAGCCUUUUCUCGUUACCAAACCAUCUGUAAGGCUAGCUAAAACAGACACAUCGAUUUUUGUUCGUACAAUUUUUUCCGGUACUUAUAAAUUCUAUUAGAUUAAUCUGAUGAUUUCAAACGGAUGAUGUUUGUCAAGUUCUGUUUAAUCUGAUAGAAUUCAUAAGGACCGCAAAACAUCGUACGAACAAAAAUCGAUGUGUGUGUGCGAGGCUUAAGUAAAGCUACUCACGACUUUAGAACUUGUUGAGUAACUAAGUCGUGUUAUCAAUCAAGCAACAAACAAUGUUUGUAAAUACGGCCCCUAAUAUUUUUAUUUUUUUUUCAUUUUUUUUUUUUUUUUUUGAAACUUUUGUGCUUUCUAUAUAAUUUUUCCCUAGUUUACUUUUUGAAAUAAAUUUUCUAGGCAUAGAGUAUCAUAAUAUAAUACUUUGAACAAAAUAUAUAUAAUAUCAUGCUAAUUUUUUAAUCAGGUUAGCUAUUUUAAUCGUUUUAUGCUGUUUCAAUUUGUUUUGAAUAUUGUAUAAACUUGAAUUCAUGAACUCAAGUAAUUGAAAAAACACGGUUUGUUUGGCACAUCCACAUAUAAUUGAGUAAAACUGUGUUUUUCAAUUAUGGAAAUAUUGAUAUUCUUAUUCGACAAAUUUUAACUUGAGUAAUUUUUUUCAUGUUUAAACUUUCAAGAUUCUAUUUAUUUUCAUUGUCAUUUGUGGAAAUGUGUCUUCUAACUAUUUUUGUCUUCUUCUUUUCUUUUGAAAAUUCGUAUUCUUAUUUGUAAACAAGUAUGAUUUCAGUAAGUCAAGAAUUCGAAGCAAUUUAAAGCAUUUAAUAAAUUUGACUAAACUAACUUCAAAUAAAAUAUGUUAAAUUUCAUGGUUAUUCUUGAAGUUCCUCUUUGUAAUACUUCUUCAAGUGGCGACUCAAUUCAUUUUUAGCUGGUAAAAUAUUCUAAUAAUACUGAUAUUCACUUUUGCAGAUCCUUUACAACAAUAUUUUUCAGUAUCUAUUACAAAACAAUAUCAGGUGUAAUUUCUUUUUUAAUGGAUACUCUUUUUCCCCAUAUCUUGAGUGAAUUUCAAGAUUUAAAAUACUCACUUAUGUGUAAAUUUCAUUGAUAAUAGCCGGAAAGAAACCUGUUUCUUACGUCAGACGAGAGUCGUCUGCAAACAAGGUCUUUCAGAUCUACGUAGGGACUGGAAAACAGCUGUUUUCUGUGCAGUGUGGCGAAAAAGUAAUAAUGCGAAACAUUUGGUCCAAACUUUGUCACGUCCAGUACAUAAAAUUUAUGUACUAUUAUACUAUUCUACUAUUUAAUAGUAGAUUGCCUAAACUUAUAAAAUUCUGCUGUUCUUUAAUUAUUUGACGCUCUUAUAAAUAAUGUAUAUACUUCAUAAAUAAUGAUAUAUUUAAACUAACUACAAUAUAUUUAUAUUUAUUAUAUAUUUAUUCAAUACAAUACAAUAUUAAAACUAUUAUAAUUAUAUAUAUAUGAAUGUUUUCAAUCAAAAUCAUGAAUGAGAAUAAUAUCAUUGUUUUACUCUGAUUACUUGGAUUGUUGAUUUGUUUUUCUAAUUACAUCUGAAACUUGAUAAUAUUGUUGAAAUAGCAACUGUCAGAAGUUUUUUAAUAAUGAAGUAUGACUUCUCUGCAUCAGUAAUUUACCGUAUUGUCAUUACUGACUUAAUCAAUUAUUUUUGAUGCAGUAUUAAGAAUUAAGUCUCAGUGUAUUCAGCGUUUAUUCAUUUUCGUCAGCUUGAAUAGAAAUAUAGUGUUCUUUCUCAGUAAUAUUUCUAAUUAGUGUGACAUUAUUUUCUUGAAACUUCAUAAGAAUUAGUCUGAACACAUCGUAAUUGAAUUGUAAUACCAUCACUGUUUUAGUCAUCUUUGUGCAAUAAUAACAGUUUAUUUCUCCAA